CUUGUCCAUUCACUUCGUGGUCCCUGGAACCCAUGGCGCUCACUGUGGUGUCGGCGUGCUCGGGCAAAGUCCUGCUGGUCCUCAGCCUGGAGGACUUUCAAACCGAGCGGACCAGUGGCACCAGCCUCACAGGAAGGGCACUGAAGCUGGAGUUGGCAGCACGACAGUUUGGCACAAGGUUCCGGUUGAGACUCUUGCAUGUGGACAGCAGUGUGGAGAUAAAGGACGAGGACGCGCUGAUGUUGCCGCUGGAACUGAAGCUGGUGAUGUUGGCCCUUUGCCCACCUGAUCCAGAAGAGGACGCCCAAUUCAUCCUGGCCUGCGAAGAAGGACACCUAGAGGAGGUGGAGCAGAGUUUGCAGCGGCUGGAUCCUCUCAGGUUGAUGAGGUCACGAAAGCGCAAGGUGGUGCAAUACCUCUUGGAGGCAGGAGCUUCCAAGGAACGAGCCAGAACUGACAAUGGUGGCACUCCCUUGCAUAGCGCAGCUCUAAGUGGAUGCCAGGUGGUCGCCCAGAUUCUCUUAAACUUUGGGGCCGCUCGUGAUGCAGCUACACCUGAGGAUGGCGUGACUCCGUUGCACUUCGCUGCUUUGAAUGGCCAUGGGAAGGUGGUGCAGGUGUUGCUUGAUGCCAGGGCGUCUUGUGAUCAUGUCACGAUGGGAGUUGGAUCAACGCCUUUGCACUUGGCGACUCUAUAUAACCACGUGGAAGUGGUGCGUGUGUUGCUUGAGGCUCGAGCAUCGUGUGGUCAGGCGGUAACAGAGAAUGGUGCAACUCCUUUGCAUUUGGCCGCAAGGGGUGGUUUUUUGGCAGAGGUGCAAUUGCUGCUGGAUGCCAGAGCUUCUCCUCAUUCAGCAGCUACAGAUGACGGCUCAACAGCUUUGCACUAUGCCGCUCAGAGUGGACACCUGGACGUGGUGCGGAUGCUGCUGGAUGCUGGAGCCUCUUGUUUUGUGGCCAGGACUGAUAACAAUGCAACUCCUUUGCACGUUGCAGCCGCCAAAGGCUACCCAGAAGUUGUGCGCUUGCUGCUAGAUGCUGGAGCCUCAUGCAAUGAUGUUGCCGGAUUUGCCUUAACUCCUUUACAUUUAGCAGAGCAGAAUGUUCAUUCAGAAAUAGUUCUGAUGUUGCGAGAGGCCAGUGCUAAGCGAGCCCGGAUUGAGAAGCAUUGACAGAUGGCAACCUACCAGGACCUACCAUCGCAAUGCUUCAAAGCUUGCCAUGCCUGGC